AUGGCUGGGAACCUGAGCGGAGAGGUGGCCCCGGAGGCGGCCUCGGGGGGCCACAACGUGCCGGCCCUGGUGGUCGGGGUGCUGCUGAUCGUGGUGAUCAUCGGCGGGAACCUGCUGGUGUGUCUCAGCGUGAUGACGGAGAAGGCGCUGAAGACCACCACAAACUACUUCAUCGUGAGUCUCGCGGUGUCGGAUCUGAUGCUCGCGGUGCUCGUGCUGCCACUCUUUGUGUAUUCCGAGUUCCAGGACGGCGUGUGGACCCUCAGCACCUCGGUCUGUGACUACCUGAUGAUGAUGGACGUGAUGCUGUGCACCGCCUCCAUCUUCAACCUCUGCGCCAUCAGCGUCGACAGGUUCAUCGCUGUAGUCAUCCCUCUGAACUACAACAGGAAGCACGUGGACAUGCGUCAGACGGUGCUGCUGUCGGCCACCUGGGUCGUGGCGCUGGCCGUGGCGUCGCCCGUCGUGUUCGGCAUCAACAACGUGCCGGGCCGCGACCCCACCGAGUGCAAACUGGAGAACGACGACUACGUGCUGUACUCGUCCGUGUGCUCCUUCUUCAUCCCGUGUCCCAUCAUGCUGCUGCUGUACUGCGGCAUGUUUCGAGGCCUGAGGCGAUGGGAAGAAGCUCGGAGAGCCAAGCUGAAGAACAGUAUUCUGGACUGCCGAAAACUUCAAGAAGCGGCCGCCGCGCUGCCGGCGCUCGCCGCUCUGCCGCCAUUACUGCCGCCCGUCAUCAGAGAGAGGGAGCUGACAGAGAGUCCGGAGCAGCGGUCCACCUUCAAGUCCUCGGAGUUAAAGGGCCCCGUGCCCACCGUCAGCUUCUCAGAGAUCAAGUACAGCCAGGAGCCUCGCCGGAGGAAAACGGCUAAGAUCAACAACCGGGAGAGGAAGGCCAUGAAGGUACUUCCUGUCGUUGUAGGUGCCUUCCUGUUCUGCUGGACUCCGUUCUUCGUGCUUCACACGGUGAGAGCUCGAUGUCAGGACUGCUACGUUCCUCCGGCUCUGAUGAGCGUGGUGACGUGGCUCGGAUACUUCAACAGCGCCCUGAACCCCGUCAUCUACACCGUGUUCAACACCGAGUUCAGGAAGUUCUUCAAGCGGUUCCUGCACAGCUGCUUCUCCAAGAACGCCUCAUGA